AUGUCCCUCCCCCGUAUCUCCUUCCUUGAAGGAUGGGAGCGCAACCCCGCCUAUCCCUCCGACGAUGAAGACUACCAGGAUCUGCCCGAGGGGUCUGUGUCGUCCUCCUUCCCCUCCACCUAUAGCAGACUGAACUUCAAUCCGUAUGCGGGUCCGGGCUGGAACGAGAGACCAGAAGAUCACGACGAUCGAUCCACCUUCUUGGGUUUGUCGCCGACAACUACGCGCGAGGGACGUGCUUCGCCCGCGCCGGUGUCUGCCCCCGAAGUACCAGAGCCACAUGAGCCCGUACACGUAGAGGUGCAAGCGCAUAAGGAACCAUGGGCGGAUACCACGGGUGCUUAUGAAGUGAGCGCAGCGAGGAGAAUUGCUCAGGUCUGUACCGCGGUUGUAUACUGUUUCUUGGCAGCCGGUGUUGUGUUCGGAUUUGCAGCUAUCAAGCCGGUUCUCAUUCGCGAGAAUGUAUACCGCAACCUUUGUACAGAGGCGGAGCUUGAAGAAGGGGUGGAUGUAUGCGAUAGACAGGAAAUCAGGUUGAACCUGAUGUUCACCAUCGCGGCGGUUGUGACCAAUGUCUCGGCCCUGCCUGUAGGAACCAUCCUAGACGCAUAUGGUCCACGCGUGAGUGGAAUUAUCGGCAGUGUUUGUCUUGCCGUUGGAGCACUGCUCUUUGGAACAGCACACAAAUUGCCAUUCGAUGGAUACAUCCCUGGAUAUCUAUUCCUUGCCUUGGGUGGACCAUUCGUGUUCAUCACAUCAUUCCAUCUAUCAAAUACGUUCCCAGCACGAUCAGGUCUCAUUCUGUCCAUGCUGACAGGCGCAUUCGAUGCCUCGAGUGCCCUAUUCCUGAUCUUCCGCCUUCUAAACGAACACACCGACGGCCUCGUAUCAAUCACCAAUUUCUUCGCCGUCUACCUCAUCGUCCCGGUGUUCAUCAUCAUAGCGCAAAUCUUCAUCAUGCCAGCAAACUCCUACAAGACAGCAGGCCAGCUAGUCCAACAUGCCGAAGAACAAGUCGUAGACGAAACAAACGACCACAUAGACGAUAACAUUACCGACCAAGACGAACGCGAACGUCUCCGCAAAGAUAGACGCCUCCGCCGCCAAACAAUCGUCAACCAAAUCCAAAGCCUCCUAGACGACGGCACUGCAUCCAUCGUCUCAGCCACAACAAUCGACGACACAGUCUUCCACAUCGACCCCCACCGCUCCCAACCCUCGAAACCAUCUCCCCCACUCCAACCCAACCCCCAACACCAGCCUUCCCAAGGCGGCGUCUGGGGCGUCCUCCACGGCCGCAGUGCCCUAAACCAACUCCGCACGCCAUGGUUCGCCCUGAUCACAGCAUUCACCGUCCUAAUGAUGCUGAGAAUCAACUACUUCGUCGCAACCCUCCGCAGCCAAUACAGCUUCCUCCUCACGCCCCACACUGCCAAAUCAAUCAACACCUUCUUCGACAUCGCCCUUCCAAUCGGCGGUCUCCUCUCCGUGCCGUUUAUCGGAACUUUCCUCGAUACCUUCCAAACCCGAACAGUCCUCUUCAUCCUAGUUUCCACGGCCACUGCUAUUGGAAUCUUAGGCUGUAUUCCAGAUAGUUUGCCAGCUGCUUAUGGGAAUAUCAUUCUCUUCGUGCUGUACAGACCGUUCUAUUAUACUGCUGUCUCGGACUACGCGGCCAAGGUCUUUGGCUUUCAGACUUUCGGUAAGGUAUACGGUCUUGUGAUCUGUUUGGCUGGUGUGGGCAAUUUCGCGCAGGCCGGUUUGGAUGGGCUUACGCUUAUUGUUUUCGGGGGAGAUCCUAUCCCGGUUAAUGUUGUGCUUACGCUUCUUGUUGCCCUUGUUGGUGGGGGGCUUGUUGGCUUUGUUUGGGUCAUGACGAAUGUCUUGGAGAGGGAGAGGGUUGAUGCUGCGCAGAGUGGACACGGGGAGAGAGCCCCUUUGCUGCGUGAGACUGAAGGAAGGAAUUAUGGUGUUUAA